CUUUUUUAAACUGUUGUCUGCAACGCCACGAGAAGUGUAAAACUGAACACUUUUAACUUAUCUGACAACGAAGACGUAAUUGAAAAGAUGGUUUACAGUCUCUGUAAUCGAAGCAGUAAAAAAGGUCGGAAGAUUUCCAAGGGACGAAAACGGAAUGCAAGGAAGUUGAAGAAGGAAGCGCAUGCCAAAAACAUCGUUGUCGAAGACACGGAGCUAAUGAGCAGAGAACAGUUGAAGAAAUUAUCGGAACAACCCACCAAUAAUAUCAGAGUGUCAGGGAAGCGAAAACAUAAAGUACUGAAGAGACUGCGCCACAGCGAGAAGAUUCAAAAGCAGAUGGAUGUCGAGGUGCCAACCCAAAGCAAGGAUAAGAAGAAAAAACAGAAAGACGAGGUUUCCAUGGCGACAGAAGGCACUCGUGACAGUGAUGUGGAAAUGACAUGAGAGUGACGCAGAUUUAAGCAAAACUCCAUUAUCAAUAUUAAUUACUGUUGUUGACCGUUAUAUGCUGCAAGUCAGUAUUUUUAAUGGCAAAAUCAUUGUCAGUUUUAUUAUCAAGUUCAAGUGAUAAUUUGUUUAUUGAAAAAAGGGGGAUCAUGAAACUUCACCACUUGGUUGCUCUUGACCUUAAGAUGACCCCCACCCCCUCUUAAUUUCUGGACCCAUGAAUUAAUGUAAUUUUUUUACACAAUAUCUCAACAAUGGGUUAACCAUGAAACUUGUUACCUUUGACAAUAAGGUUACCUAAUAUGCUGUUGAAAAAUGAUUUGCCCUUGUUAAUUUGAGAAGAAUUUGUCCAACAAUCAUGAAACUUUACUUGUAGGUAACCCUUGACCAGCAGAGGUCUGUUAUGUUUUUGAGAUUAGAAGGUCAAGGUAAUGACCAGCAGUGUUGGAACAACUUUGAAACUUCACUGGUGAGGUUCUCUUACCAGGCAGUUGACUCCCACUGGGUUUUGAGUCAGUUUACAGCAAACUGUUUUUCUGAAAGCUACUAGUAUGUCAAUACGUGACAACUUGGGUACAAUACGUACAUGUUAUGACAGGAUAAUGCUCAAGGGAGCAUAAUGUUAUGCAAACAUCUCCUAUAUAGGAUGUAUAUUAUGGUAUGGAAUUGUAUAUAAUAAAGUUAUCCUGAUCCUCAUAAAAUGAUCAUGAAACUUUCAGGUAAUGUUUGAAGGUGUACAUAAAUUAUUAAAACUUGAAUUACCAUC